AUGAAGAAAGUUUAUUACACCCAUGCCCCAGGUACUCACAGACUGUGGCAUGUUUCAGCCUAUCAUUUUCUGUGUGUGUGUUACUUUUUAGUUUCGGUUCUCAGCUUAAAAAAAAGACAAUGUUAUUAUGAAAGAUAAACAAAAGUGUCUUAAACAAAGCAACUGUCAGUCAGCAUGGCAAUGAAAAACAGGCAAACAGGCAACAAUAAAACCGGCUGUAAGGAAAAUGCAGUAGUGCAAAGUGCAGUGUGGUAUUGCACAUUUAGAUAUUACCCAUCAUUUCUACUAUCAACAUUUAUUUAGCAGUCUAAUGGAGUCUACCCUUUUGGACCUCAGGGGGAAUGAAUAGUCCUUUGUGGGGGUGGGUGGGGUCCUCCAUUAUCCCCUGGGCUUUGCUGAGGCAGCGCUGGCUGUAGAGGUCCUCCAGACUGGGCAGCUCACACCCAGUGGUGUUACUGGCAGUUCGGAACCACCCUCCCCAGUGCCUUAUGGUUUCUGUCCGUGCAGCUGCCAUACCAGGCUGUGAAGCUGAAGGCCAGAAGGCUCUCUAUGGUGCCUCUGUAGAAGUCCCUGAUGGUGUUGGGUCUAAGGCCAAACUGUUUUAGGCGCCUGAGUCCAUAUAGGUGCUGUUGGGCCUUCUUUACCACUGCUGUGGUGUGGCAAUCCCAUGAGAGGUCUGCAGAGGUGUUGACUCCCAGAUAUUUGAAUGUGUCCACCCUCUCCACCGCUGUGCCAUUGAUGAUGAUCGACUGCAGCUCGUCCUCCAUCUUCCUCCUGGGGUUGACCACGAUCUCCUUGGUCUUGUUGGUGUUUAGGGAGAGGUUGUCACUUGUGCAUCGCUGCACCACGUUGGCCACCUCCUCCCUGUAGGCUGACUCAUCGCCGCCGGAGACCAGGCCCACCACUACCGUGUCAUCGGCGAACUUCACGACGUGGUUUGAUGGUCGGUCGCCACGUAGUCGUAGGGGUACAACGAGUACAGGAGAGGGCUGAGGAUGCAGCCCUGUGGCGCUCCUAUACUGACACACAGUGUGGAUGAUGUCUGGUCAGCCACUCUUACUGUUUGGGGGCGGUUCGUCAGGAAGCUUUGGAUCCAUCUGCGCAGCGAUGGCCUCCCACCUAGGUCUCAAAGCUUGCCAUCGAGCCCGGAUGGUAAGAUGGUAUUGAAAGCGGAGAUGUUGUCCGCAAACAGCAUCCUUACAUAGGUGCCGCUACGUUCCAGGUGGGAAAGGGCCGUGUGAAGGACAUGAGUGAUGGCAUCUUCUGUGCGCCUGUUUGCUAAACUGCAGGGGUCAAGGAUGGGGGGGAGCAUGGAGCAUAUGAGACCUUUGACCAGGCUCUCAAAACACUUGCUGGCUAUGGGAGUGAGGGCCGCCAUAGUUUUUAUGCCACCGUUGCUCGAUGAAUCACUGCGCCUGAGGUUUUUCAAUUAGAUAAAAAUGAAGAAAGUUUAUUACGCCCAUGCCCCAGGUACUCACAGACUGUGGCAUGUUUCAGCCUGUCAUUUUCUGUGUGUGUGUUACCUUUUAGUUUCGGUUCUCAGCUCAAAAAAAAGACAAUGAUAUUAUGAAAGAUAAACAAAAGUGUCUUAAACAAAGCAACUGUCAGUCAGCAAGGGUUUCUGUCCUCAUUCAUCAAUCUAUCCCCUCUCAGUAUGAUUUUACUUCAACUGUAGCAUGAAGUAUGACAAAACAUAAACAUUCACAUCGUAUAAAGACAGUCUCUUAACUUCCUCACAUCUCCUGCGUGCAUAAAAAUGUAAACAUGCACUAUUAGUUGCUGUUAGAAUAAAGAGCACAUGAAUAAAACUACCUAGAACACAUUUGUUGCAUAUUCAGUAACCUCGGCCAUGAAUAAUCAUCAGCUGUUUGUAAAUCGUUUUCUUAGCAACACCAAAGAGACCCAGUGUUUCCUCAAGAUUAACUUGGGGAACGAAGAGAGUCAUGGGGGGGACAAGGAGGAGUGGUUGGAGAAGAAAGAAGCAUCAUGAAGGGAGGGAUGAAGGUGUGUGGUGAAGUAUAAAGCAUCUUUAGCAUCCAUUUCUCUAUCACUGUACCUCCUCCAGGACCAACUUGGACUCCCUCGUCUCUUCAAUUCUCUACAAGUCAGCUUCGGUGAGUAGAAAAUCCAUCCAGUGUUUGUUUUCCAUUUCUAUAUAAUGCACCACAGCUUUUCCAGGAGAAAGUUACUCAGAAUACAGCAACUUUAAUGUCAUUUUAGAGAGGUUUAUUUGUGUAAAGUUAUCAGCUCAUGGGGCACAACAUUUCUGAAGAAGAAAUGACUUCCCUUCCUCCCUUGUGAAAUAAACCUUACAGCAGCAGACAUUGCUCACCUUGCUCUGGUACAAGAUAUUUGGUCAAUUUAAACCUGGAAUCUUUUUUUAUACUGAUGCAAUGGAUAUCCGUGAAUCAGCACAAAGCUUUCAGUUUUACUUUAAACUCAAAUUUAUUAAAAUUCAAGACUUUUAAACAGGAGGUUUUCUAUGUUUCAACACUUUUUUAUUUCAUUGUGUAAGAACAAUUUGAUGUCACAGUUUCUCCAGCUCACCACACCCAAAGACAGAGUGCUAGUCAGAAUGUAACCAGAACUGACUCUCUUGGGUUCAGUGAUAAAAGAAAAAACACUUUUCAGAUUAUAAUGUUAGAGGAGCAAUUGUCACUAUAGGGACUGUAGUCAAGUCUUGACCUGCUUCUUUACCUGAUUCAACCGAGUUACCUGGAGAGAUCGAGCUGUUGACACAACACUGUCCUGUGUGAUCGGCUGAGACUCUGCGUUAGAGACCGGUGACAGAGGGAAAUACGAGUGGCUGAGCCCUGGUGGAAACCCAGGGUUUAUUUUUAUCCCCAGCUCAAUGGAAAACUCUGAGCAAAACACUGGUAGAAAGGAAAGCCAUGAUGUUAGAUGCUUUUUUCUGUUUAAUUGCUCUUUAUGAGUCUAUAAUAGGCAGAAUGUGCUGCAUGAACUAUUCAUUUAGCUCUUUAGUUACACUUUUGAAGUAAAUUUAUAAUAAAUCUCUAUCUGGAGAGAAUUUGUGCACCACUUAAAAAUUACCCCACCAAACACUUCAGACAUUGAAGGAUUUUUCUCCCUUUGAUGCAACAAUUUCUCCGUGAUUUUAAUUCAUUGCAUUCUUAAAAUAUCUUUCUCAAAUUUGACCACAUUGCCACAUGAUCUGUUCCAGUGUGCCUCAAAGAAAGCUGGGAGUCAACCUUUAGAAACUUCUAGUGAUUGGGGGAUGUUUACAGAAAAUACAAGGCCUAUCUCACUUGAAAAUGUGCUUUCAUAGUGAGUCACUUUUUAACUAUUUUUUCCAUUCUACCUCUAUUAGAAUCAGCCGUCAUCAUGACUGAUCUCAACGCAGCCAUGUACCUCAUCAUCUCCACUUUUCAAAAGUAUGCAGAAAAAGAUGGCGACAAACACACCCUGAGCAAAUCAGGGCUGAAAGAACUGCUUGAGAAUGAGCUUGGAGAUUUCCUGGACGUGAGUGGCGUCUGACCUCUCUCACUCUCUCUAAACUAGCUCAAAAGUUCAUGUACAGAUCUAACUCUUUUCUUACAUGCAGGAUGCCAGUGAUAAGGCAGAAGCAGAAAACAUCUUCAAAGACCUGGACGAAAACAAAGACAACAGUGUGGACUUUCUAGAGUUUGGCAGGUAUCUCAUCCUCUACACUUCCUUAUUCCACCAGGUCGCCGUCUUGGUUGAAGCGAUCUGA